AUGGAACAGAUUACGCUUUACACAGAAAACGCCCCAGCGCCCAAAGACGAAAUCAAGGAGAAGGUCAUGCUGGUGGAUGAGAAGGUGCAAAGUCUCAAUGCUGAUGCCAGGCGUGCACAGUAUGAGGCUGAUACCCUUUCCCUUGCCAGGGAUGUUGCACAGAUCGGGCACUUGUACCGUGAGGUGGCCAAGACAGAGCACGCCCUUCGAACUGAACGAAUCUCUCAUCUUCGGGGCCAGAACUGCAUCGGUGCAUCUUUAGUUGCUGACUUUAUGGCAAACAACAUGGCAGUGCACGGGGGCAACUGCAGAGAUCAAAUGUCCCUUGCUGAACGGUUCUUGGUGCGGCAUCCAACUUUCCCUGCCGUUAUUUGGUGUGAUUUGAUGAAGUGCGGACGCAUGACAGGGUCCGAGGUGAACGACUUCGCGGAGCUAUUGGCAUGCAUUUUCAAGAAGCACCCUCAAACAGACAAAAUGGAUGCCAAGGGCUUGAAGCAGCAUGCCAUCGUGAUCCGCUGUCAAGCACCAGCAGGACGGCGGAAAGUUCCACUUCAUUUCGAUGGCUGGGUGAUUCAUCAGGACGCUGGCGCGGCGGACAAUCUGCCCUGGAUGCCUGAAGCCGCGUACAUCGUACCGGUUGCAGAGAAAAACUCUUUACCACACGCUUCCGAAGGGGCCAGGCCUGCUCAGUUGGGAUUGCCCGACCAUUGGUCCCUUUCUGAUGUGCAGGAAGCUGCGCAACUCCUGGCAGGGGAGGCCCUGCCGCUGGCAAUGUUGUCCGCCAUCUUGGGCAAGACAGGGGUGAAAGAAAAAUAUGACACCUGCUUACUGAUCAACUUGACGUCCUAUGAUGGCUGGGUAGAGAAAACAGCUAAGAGGUGGUCCGAACUCUCAGGGUGUCCCAUGAAAUGGAAAAUUCUCAGCAUGACAAAGAACAUCGUGACAGCUCAGUAUGUCGAGCGUACUCUUGCUCUUGAGUUGAUGGAGGUUCGGCCUUAUGAGGCGAAGCCACCACCAGCCACAGGGAAUGGGAAGGAUGUGGACCCUACCAAGUUCCCUCUUCGCCUUGUACGCCUUGACUACGACCCAAAUCCUGCCCUCAAGGGUUGGUCCAAGUUUCGCAUAUCGGUACCACCCAAUGUGCGGGCUCGAUACAUGGAUGAUGCUGUUUAUGGAGAGGAAUGGCUCAAACUCCUGAAUGACUUUGAUUCCAAGUCUUUUGUCUCAAACGAUAUCAUCAAUCUUCCAAAUCCAGUGAAGUAUGGGACCCGAUCUCAAGAAGAUCUGAAGGCUGCCAUGGCCUUGAAAGCGAAGGAGGAGGAAGCAGAGACAUCAAAGGUUGCAUUGGAGCCGUGGGUGAAUGAGCCGGUGGCCCACAUGCCAUUGACUUUGUCAUCCAUGGAGUUUCAGCUGGCACAUGGAGCCAGCAAAUUCUUGAAGGGCGACAAGGUUUCAGCACUGAAACGGCAGGAGCAAGAGUCAAAGGAGAAAGCGUUGAGGAUGAAAGAUCUGUCAGGGCCGUCAGGGGAACCUUCUGAUUCCACCAAAGUGAGACUGGAGUUUGGAGGUGAGUCCAGGAGUGAUGAAGGUGAAAAAAAACCAGCUGGCAAAGCCAUGCCAAUGACUGUCAACUCAUGCACUUCUCGGUCAGACCCAGCUCUGUCAGAGAGCAAGCAUGCCGAACUUGAAGCGUCAAUCCAGGCUGUAAAGGCCGACCAGAAAAAAGAGAGAAAGGAAGCAAAAGAGGAAGACAAAGCCACACGGGCAGAGAAAAAGGAUCCAGAGGGAAAGAAACCGUCCACAAGACAGGUGAAGCCAAAGAUGACUGCAAAGUCUGCAGUAUCAAAAAGAGCUGCCGCCAAAAAGAAGAUUCAGGAUGAAGACGAAGGGUCCAACAGUUUGGAUUCUGAAGAAUCCCCCACCAGCGAGGAACUCCCAUCAGAAUCUGAUGAUGACGGAUGUGCUGCACCGACCGAACCCAAGGACCAGCCUGCAAAGACCUCGGCCAAGCUCCCUCCAAAGGAUGCUCCUGCCGAGAAGCCAAAGAGAAAGAGGGUGCCAAAACCGGUCGUUGAGUCGAAGGAUCCAGACACCAAACGCAAGCUGGCAAUUGCCAAAGCUGUGGGGUGUGUAGCCAGACAGUCCGAAAAAGAUGAGACAAAGGAAGGAGAGGUCCCAGCAAAGAAGGCAGACGAGACGGCAGUUGACGAUACCCAGGCGAGGGCCUUGAAGGCAGCUGCACAAGAGAAGGCGGAGGCAAAGAAGGCAGCGAAAGCUGAGAAGGCAGAUGCAAAGAAGGCUGCGACAGUUGAAAAGGCAAAGGCAAGGAAGGCAGAGGCCGCAGUGAGGUUGCAGGAAAAGAAGGCAGAUGCAGCAGAGAGGUUGUUGAUACAGACAAAGACAGCAGAAGAUGCCAAUGUAGAGAUGCAUGUCACCAAGAAGGAGGACGCGCCAGGACACAAUAGCAGGCAAAAGGAUUCCACUGAGGAGGAGAUAGGUUCAGGUGCAAUGCAAGACAAAGACAAUGCUGAGGAUACAACCCAACUUCAGACCCCAAAGUCCCCCGAGCCAGAAGAGAAGGUGGAGGAGACGCUUGGUGAGGAAAGCAAGGCAAGGUCGAAGAGGAAGGCCGAUGACUGGAGCAAGGUAUCCCAGACCAGGAAGGCAAAAACAGCAGAGUCAGCAGCAGAGAAGGUGCAUGCUUUGAAAACAGAAGAAUGGAAGGCAAAAGCAAAGGAGGCAGCUGAGAGGUUAUUAAAGACACAGAAGGCAAAGGCAACAGAAGAGGCCAAAGCAGGGAUGCAUGUCUUCAAGAAGGAGGACGCGACAGGACACAAUGACAGGCAAACAGAUUCCACUGAGGAGGAGACAGGUUCAGGUGCAAUGGAAGAGGAUACAACCCGGCUUCAGACCCCAAAGUCCCCCGAGCCAGAAGAGGAGAAGGUGGAGGAGACGCUUGGCGAGGAAAGCAAGGCAGGGUCGAAGAGGAAGACCGUUGAAAAGUACAAGGGAUCACAGGUGAAGGCAAAGGCAGAAAAGAAGGUGAAGACAACAGCACAGUCUUCAAAGAGGAAGAAAAAUGCAGCAAACGAUGACAAGCAUGAGGAUUCCGACGCUGAGGUUUCAGAGGAAGACAGACCCAAAGUGGAGGAUAGCACCGAGGAUGAAACACCGACCGGAAAGAAUGGAAAGAAACCCCAGGCCCGAGGCAAGAAAAAAGAACGUAAAGGCAAGAAAGUGAAGGGACCAGAAGGUGAUAAGGAGAAGGCCAAGCCUGGGACUCCUGGGCGCGAAGGCUUGAGAGAUACCUACUGGAACCACAUCACAGAAGCCAGAGAGCGCUUACGGGCCCUCCACCCUGAGAAGACCAAAACGGACAUCCUACAAAUGGCACGUGCUGAGUGGAAGAACCAUCCGGAAAGGGUGGGCAGUAUGAAAAACAUGACCAGGUCUGAGCUUAGCAGGCGCCGUUUGGCCCCUAAAAAGCCACCUUCACCCAUUAAAGAGCCAGCAAAGCCAGCAGAGCCAGCUGCCGGCGAAGCCGAGCUGGAUGAGUCUCAUGAGUUGGGUGAUGAACUUGAUACGAUGUUCUCCGAAGUUGAGGAACAAGAAGAACUUUUGCUGGCCGAAUUGUUGGCACCAUCAGAUUCUGAGAGCUAAGUUUCCUUACAGAACUUUUGAUAUGAAAUCUACGACGGGUUGCCGGGAACAUAGCCUGGCCAAGCAGCUUAGAUCUGAUCCAAUCACCCGUGGGGAAGGGUGUGUUGAUUCCGAGAUGUCAGAUCGGUGUGCGGAGAAAAGAAACGGGUUGACGAUCAAUUGGAACCAUGAGGUCUUUCA